AAGAAAAACGACGUAUUUGUUUCGGUUGAUCAGGCAUUCGCAGCAGCCGCCUUCUUCAUACCCUUUUCAUUCAAGAUGGCGGGGGAUGAGUCUGGUACAACGCUUGGUCAGCCUCACCUGGCCAAACAAGACCUUAGUUCUCUGGAUGUGUCCACCCUGACACCUCUGUCCCAAGAGAUCAUCAGCAGACAGGCCACCAUCAAUAUCGGCACCAUCGGCCAUGUGGCCCACGGAAAGUCCACAGUAGUGAAGGCCAUUUCUGGCGUUCACACUGUCAGGUUCAAGAAUGAGCUGGAGAGGAACAUCACCAUCAAGUUAGGAUAUGCUAAUGCUAAGAUCUAUAAACUGGAUGAUGUCAGCUGUCCCAGGCCAGAGUGCUACAGGUCGUGUGGCAGCAGCACUCCAGAUGAGUUUCCCACAGACAUCUCCGGCACCAAGGGCAACUUCAAACUGGUCAGACACGUGUCAUUUGUGGAUUGUCCUGGUCACGACAUUUUGAUGGCAACUAUGUUGAACGGAGCCGCCGUCAUGGACGCAGCUCUCCUGCUGAUCGCGGGUAACGAGUCGUGUCCUCAGCCCCAGACGUCAGAGCACCUGGCAGCCAUAGAGAUCAUGAAGCUGAAGCACAUCCUCAUCCUGCAGAACAAGAUCGACCUGGUGAAGGAGAGCCAGGCCAAAGAGCAGUACGAGCAGAUCCUCGCUUUCGUACAGGGGACGGUGGCAGAGGGAGCUCCCAUCAUUCCUAUCUCAGCCCAGCUGAAGUACAACAUCGAGGUGGUUUGUGAAUACAUCGUCAAAAAGAUUCCAGUCCCCGUCAGAGACUUCAUUUCCGAACCCAGACUCAUCGUCAUCAGAUCCUUUGAUGUGAACAAACCCGGCUGUGAAGUUGACGACCUGAAAGGAGGCGUGGCAGGAGGAAGUAUCCUAAAGGGCGUGCUUAAGGUGGGUCAGGAGAUCGAGGUGCGGCCCGGUAUCGUGUCCAAAGACCAGGAAGGAAAGCUGAUGUGCAAACCCAUCUUCUCCAAGAUCGUCUCUCUGUUUGCUGAGCACAACGACCUCCAGUACGCUGCACCCGGAGGCCUGAUCGGUGUGGGCACGAAGAUCGACCCGACGCUGUGCCGUGCCGAUCGUAUGGUCGGUCAGGUGCUGGGUGCCGUCGGAGCGCUGCCAGAGAUCUUCACCGAGCUGGAGAUCUCCUAUUUCCUGCUCAGGAGGCUGCUGGGAGUCCGCACAGAGGGAGACAAGAAGGCUGCCAAGGUCCAGAAGCUGUCUAAGAAUGAGGUGCUGAUGGUGAACAUCGGCUCGCUGUCGACCGGCGGCCGCGUCAGCGCCGUCAAGGCCGAUCUGGCCAAGAUCGUCCUCACCAACCCCGUCUGCACAGAAGUCGGAGAGAAGAUCGCUCUGAGUCGACGAGUGGAGAAACACUGGCGUCUGAUUGGUUGGGGACAGAUCAGGAGGGGCGUGACCAUCACACCCACAGUGGACGACGACUGAGGAGAACAAACCGGGACGUUGCCAUAAAGUUCCCAUCAGCUGGACAACACAACCAUCCCACUCAUCUUGGCAUUUUUUGUUGUUUUUGUUUUUUCCACAAGGAGGGAGGAAGGAAGGAAGGGAGGGAGGAAGGAAGGCAGGGAAGAGAGCAGGACAUAUCUGUGGUUUAAAGACGCCUCCUCCCUCCUCCCCUCUUCUUCCUCUGCAGCCACAUGAGAGUCAGAUCAGGUGGAGUUUAGCCUUUCUGCCGUCUGUUACCUGUUGUUACUGCAGAUGGAGGAGGACAGAGGAGGAGAGGAGGCGCUUUAGACUGAAAAUCCUCCAGAGAAGGUUCACCUGCAGUGAGCCAAAGGUUGAUUCAGUACAGAGAUGAUCCUGUACAUUCCACAGGUUUCAGUCAGAUCUAAUAAAGUUAAUUUGGAAGAAA